UUAUUCGCAGCCAGAGAUCCCCCUCCUCUACACCCCUCAGCCGAAGGCGCUCCGACAGGUGACUCCAGUGAGGGGCGGCAAUCUUAGGAUCGCUCUCAGCCAGCCGCGAAGCUCGGCGCACCGACUUCUCGCGAGGUUUCGGGCCCCCCUCCGCCCCCUCAUCCGCCCCCUCCUGGCUGAGGCGCCGGCAGCUCCCGCUAUGGCUGCGCUGCGGAGGCUCCUGUGGCCGCCGCCUCGGCUGCCGCCUCCGUGCUCGCCUCAUCAUCCCGCCCCUGGGCCGUGGGGGCGGCCUGCGGGGACAGCCCCGGGCCCUCCGGGCCGGCCCUUCUCCUGCAGGGAGGAGGACGAGGGGGCUGUGGCGGAGGCGGCUUGGAGGCGGCGGCGGCGCUGGCGGGAGCUGAGCUUCGCGGCCGCGGCCGGCGGGGGUCUGGUCGGCCUGGUGUGCUACCAGCUGUACGGGGACCCCAGGGCCGACUCCACGCGGGCGGCGGGCCACUGGCUCCCCUCGGAGAGCGCGGCCGCAGAGCCAGAGGACCCGCCCGGCGGCGGGGGGCUGCUCCCCAUCCCGGUCGCCGCUGCCAAGGAGACGGUUGCUGUUGGCAGAACAGAAGUUGAAGACCUGGACCUCUAUGCUACAUCUCGGGAAAGGCGAUUUCGUUUGUUUGCUUCUAUAGAAUGUGAAGGGCAGUUGUUCAUGACUCCAUAUGAUUUUAUUUUGGCUGUUACAACAGAUGAGCCCAAAAUUGCUAAAACAUGGAAGUCACUUUCCAAGCAGGAAUUAAAUCAAAUGCUAUCAGAAACACCACCAGUUUGGAAAGGAUCAUCAAAGUUAUUUCGAAAUCUUAAAGAAAAAGAGCCACAUGCAGGUUUUAGAAUAGCUUUCAACAUGUUUGACACAGAUGGCAAUGAGAUGGUGGAUAAAAAGGAGUUUUUGGUGCUUCAAGAAAUAUUCAGGAAAAAAAAUGAAAAGAGAGAAACUAAAGGAGAUGAAGAAAAGCGUGCAAUGCUGCGUCUUCAACUUUAUGGAUACCAUUCUCCUACUAAUAGUGUACUUAAAACUGAUGCUGAGGAACUCGUCUCCAGAAGCUACUGGGAUACACUGAGACGUAACACAAGCCAAGCACUCUUCUCAGAUCUUGCAGAGCGUGCUGAUGACAUUACAAACUUAGUAACAGAUACUACACUUCUUGUACACUUUUUUGGGAAGAAAGGAAAAGCUGAGCUCAACUUUGAAGAUUUUUAUAGGUUCAUGGAUAACCUCCAAACAGAAGUUUUAGAAAUAGAAUUCCUUUCCUACUCUAAUGGGAUGAAUACUAUCAGUGAAGAAGACUUUGCUCAUAUUCUUUUGCGAUAUACAAAUGUGGAAAAUACAUCAGUAUUUUUGGAGAAUGUGCGUUACAGUAUACCUGAAGAAAAGGGCAUUACAUUUGAUGAAUUCAGGUCAUUUUUCCAGUUUUUGAACAACCUAGAAGACUUUGCAAUAGCUUUGAAUAUGUAUAAUUUUGCAAGUCGUUCUAUAGGACAAGAUGAAUUUAAGCGUGCUGUCUAUGUAGCCACUGGCCUCAAACUUUCACCACAUUUAGUGAACACAGUCUUCAAGAUUUUUGAUGUUGACAAAGAUGAUCAAUUAAGCUAUAAAGAAUUUAUUGGAAUUAUGAAAGACAGACUCCAUAGAGGAUUCCGGGGUUAUAAAACAGUUCAGAAGUACCCCACUUUCAAAUCCUGUCUGAAGAAGGAACUUCAUAGUAGAUAAGUACUGCUACAGCAGAGUUUAAAGGAUUAUUAUCUACUUGAAAAUGCAAGAAGCAGACAUUUCAGGUGUGGAAGCAAACCUGAAAUCAGAACUUGUAGAAAUGAAGGAAAAGGUGAAACGCUAAUUAUAAUUUUUUCUUGAACUGAAUUCUUGAACAUAAGACAGAUAAGAUGCAUCUUCUUACUAAUUACAGAUGUUGAGUGUUAUGUUGAGCUUUUGUGUUGAUUUACUGAACUCUGCACUUUUUCAUUCCCUUCAUAAAUGUAUAGAUUCCUCCAGUGACUAUAUAAGAAUGUAUUUUAAAUGUUUUUUUAAUUUAUUAGAAAUUUGUCUCAUUUUUGAAUAAUGUAUGACUCCUGGGAUCUAGAUAACUUAAAAAUGAACAACAACAUAUUCCCUUUGGUUUUGGACUGUGAACUUAUUUUCAGAAAGUGAAUAUUCCUUGAGAUUUAUCUUAGGGCCCUUAGAAUCAUUAAUAGAUCUCCAUUACUUACCACGUUUUUAAUUACACUGAAAUAAUUUUGAAACACAAGUAGAAGUUAAGCUACUGUACAAUAUGAUGGUUUACAUUGUACUUUUAACUUUUAAAAGUACUUAAUUAGUGUUAUUGUUUGAAUCAUAUAAAGUUUUUUUUUAAGUUUUUGUUCAUUUACCAAGGUCAACAGACUAUCUGGUAUUCUUUUAUGUGUACAGUAAAGAAAUUUAAAAUGUAGAUCUUUUUUUCUCAAAAAAAGUCAUACAUUGAUGGUGGAAACAGUGGUAGUUCUUGUAGCAGUAGUCACUGUUAUUGCCAUUAUUGUUUUAAACACGGUGCAGCUCCGACAGCAGAUGGUACAUGUUAAUUACACUAAUAAAAUUAGUAUCUUAUGGCACUGUAACUUAUUGCAUAUUGUUAUUAUAUGUCUGUAGUGUCAAAAUGAAUACUAUAAAGGCUAAUAUAAAAUGGUUUAGAAGACUGAUGUAUAUAUUAGGUAGAAGUUAAUGUUUUGUUUCUUGUGAAAGGACCACAUGGAAUAGUGAGCCCAACAGGCAGUAAUGAUGAAUAAUUUAAAUAUAAUUCAUUAUUUUUAAAUGUCUUUAAAAAUAAAAGAAAAACUUUCUUUUGAAAAAGAAAAAAAUUCAAUAUUCACAUGGAGAAAAUAACUCAAUACUAUUUAUUGGAAAUUUGUUCAAUUUAAAGAGUGUAGUUUAUAAAAGGAUACUAUACAAAAAUAGAACAAUGGAUUUAAUUUAUAUACUGUAUGUGGAAGAUAGGUUAAUUUAUCUUCUUUUCUAGAAUAUAUUAAAUAUAAAUUGCACACACUCCAACUAUUACCUUGCUUUGCACAGGAAAAUAAGAAAUACUGACUUUGGUUUUGUAAGUUAUUAAAUGUGAAAUUGAUAGUUCUGCAUCAGCCUAUUUAUAAAAGUAUUAUUAUUUCCAAGAAAACGCUGUUAGCAUUGACAUUGCAUUUGGUAGACUUUUUAUAUUCUUUAUCUGACUUAUUUAUUAUAUUGAUAUAGAAAUAUAUGACUCAUAAGUGUUAGGAUUUCAUAUAGUAUAAUUUAAUUUCACCUGCUUUGAAGGUUGUGAUUGACUACAUGAAAAUACCUUCUCAUUUAACAUGCCCAGCUUUAUUUUACCUUACACUGAAUGUCCUCAAUAUUAUUUACUAUCAAAAAUAAUGGAGAAAUAAUGGAAAAUAUGCAAAGAAUUUAUGGAACUAAUGGAAAAUUAUAAUAAUGGAAAUAAUGCAACUUAUUUUUAUCUUUGAUUAUAACCUAAGUUACCUUGCAUACAUGGAAAAAUUGAUAUUUAGAACAGUCCUAUCAAUAAAGAUUAAAACUGAAUUAGCUCAUUAAGAUUAUUAAUGAUUAUUAAUAAUUCUGCCAUUCUCCCAAGGAAUACUACCUGUGCAAACUUUACUCAUUAUUGCUUAUCACAAUGAUAUUCAUCUAAAACUGCAGCAUAAUAUUAAACUGCAAAUAAAUAAAGUAUUCUGAUCAAUUGAAAUGGGAAAGAGUAGUAAACUAUGGUGAUUCUCCAUGUUAUCACUCUUGAACUUUAUCAUCUAUAAAAUGGGAGGUAAAAAUAUCUCACUGGACUGUUGUUUACAUCAAUUUAAGAAAUUUUAAAUGCUUUGAAAAUAGUACUGUACUAAGUAAGUACAUGUAUGCAGUUCUCAGUAUCUUCUGCAAAUUAUUCUUUGGAAAGAUGAAGCUAUUCAUAAAAUUUUAGUAUCAUACUGUUUACAGGAGGCUAUGAUAAAAGGUUAAUGGUCUGCUAAAAAUCGUUUCAUACUAAGAAUUUCAUUUAACUUAAGUUGUAGUCUGUUGUUCUUAUUAUAAAAAAUAACUGUAAAGUGACCUGUCUUACAUUCUUAUGUUAUCAUAAAAUAAAUAUACUUGCUCUCAAAUCAA